AUGGAGAACGUAGCAAAUAACGAAGUUGGUUUUGGCAUUCGUAAACUGGGCAACAAAUCAGUUCAUGGUAUUAUUAAGUGGCAGUAUUUGGCUUGCAGCAAACAAGGCUCUAAGAGUUUUAUACCUGGUUAUGCAUCCAAAUCAACUGAAGUGUCUGUUAAGAGGCGUAGGUGUCGGUCGUUUAGGUGUGACUGUCUUGCUAAGCUCAACUGGAGAUAUUUUUCAGAUGGUAUUAGCAGCGGGUAUGAGGUUUAUCAGUUUGUUGAGUAUCAUAAUCACUUAAUGGUUGCGCAUGAGCAUAGGCAUUUUAUGACGGCCGAUCGCAGUCUGGAUCCUAUCCAUCGAAGUUUUAUGGAGGAUUGUGGCAGGUAUUGCAUGAUUUUUGCUCCAUUCACUGGAAAAGAUAACCACUCCAGAGCAGUUACAUUUGGAGCUGGAUUGUUAUCAAGUGAAGGCAGAGACUCAUAUUCUUGGUUGUUUGGCUGUUUUGUUCGAUGUAUGGGGGUUGCACCCAAAAUGAUUAUCACUGAUCAAGAUUGGGGGAUGAAACUUGCUGUUCAACAAGUACUUUUACAAAUAAGGCACCGAUGGUGCAUGUGGCAUAUUAUGGUUAAGGUGUCAGAUAAGUUGCCCAAAUCCCUGCUUGGUAGUGAAGAUUUCAAAAAAGAGUUUAAUGCAUGUGUUUGGUCUGAUUUGUUAGAGCCUGAUGAGUUUGAUAUAAUAUGGAAUGAUAUUAUGGAACGGUAUGGAUUAGAAGACGUCCACUGGUUUGGAUCGAUGUUUGAAGAUAGAGAAUUCUGGGUUCCUGCUUAUUUUCGAGAUUUUCCCAUGGGGUCGCUUCCUAGGACUACAUCGAUGUCUGAAUCAGAGAAUAGUUUUUUUAAAAACUACACAAAGCCUCGUGCAAAUCUUGUACAGUUCAUGAAUUUCUUUAACUGUGCUGUUGGAGAUCAAAGGAAUGCCAAUUCACGAUUGAACUACUUAGAUUACUCAACUAUUCCUGAUUUGUCAACCCAAUUGCCUAUUGAGAAGCAUGCAUCUACAAUCUACACUGAUAAUAUUUUCAAACAUGUACAACAGGAAAUAAGUAUGGUAUGUGAGAUUGUUUCGAUAACUGUUGAGGAUAACAUCAAGAUGCAUAAGGUCAAGGACCAAUAUGGUAGAACAUGA